AUGAUAAUAUUUGCAGAUAAUCUCGGAUCAUAUGGGUUCCGUUUCAGGGAACGUUUCACUAAGGUGAGACUGAGCUCAGGAUUCCUAAAGGCUCCAGUUAAAGCCAUAAACCCUUUGAUGGUUGCAAAAGCCUCAGGUGGAAAGUUUACAUGUUAUGUAUCAUGUAUUUUCGAGAGGGAUUGGAAAGAUCUGAACGUGAUUGGGUUUGGGUUGAUCGGAUGGUUAGCACCUUCCAGUAUUCCGGCGAUCAACGACAACAGUUUGACCGGACUCUUCUUUUCCAGCAUUGGGACUGAGCUUGCUCACUUCCCAACUGGCCCUGCUCUCACUUGGCACAUGAGAUUGUUCUUGGCAUUGACUUUUGGACAAAUUGGAUUCAAGAGUAGGACUGAAGAUUACUUCAAUAAAAUAAAUUAA